AAAAUACUAUAGUGACAGUUUUUAAAGCACGGAAUCACUUUACGCUUCACAUUUUUCACCAUGGCUGAUUUGAAAAUUUUAGUAGUGUUCUUUGUAGCGUUAUUUCUGAAGAAUGGCGCCCUAUCGUGUUCAUUACAUAGUCACACGUCCACUUCGACUUCCUCUUCCGUUUCUGAUUCAACUACGCACACGUCGGUUUCAUGUGGAUCAACAUCUGGACAGUGCAGUUCUAAUGGGUUAAAUCAAAUUGCAAGUACUUCGCUUGAUUCAACUUCAUUUCCACAAUAUAAUUCUGUUCCAGUUACGUCUAUAUCUGACCCAGGUCUACCCGCAACACCUCUUUCAAGUAGCUCUUUUAACUACGACGAACUUUCAAAUAAUUAUUUACCAAAUUACUUGUCAUUCCCUCCAAUACCCAUUGCUACACCAAUAUCUCUUCCAUUUCCUUCAACGAAUUCGUUUGAUAGUUCUCAGCCUUUUCCAUCUAUUGACAGUCCAGCACAUCUGAAACCAUUAGUUUUACUUUUUAUGCCUAAUUCAGGAUCUUCCAAGCAAUGGUCCACAGACCGUUUAAUUCCUUAUCCACUAUCUAAUCUACAACAAAUUACUAUUCCAACCACAAUUAAUGUACCAGGCAUAAAACCUACAUUCGUACCGGAAGAAGUAUUGAGCCCCGUACCAGAAACAACGACCACGUUUGCACCAGUAUCAAAUAAUAUUCCUAUAUCAGCUCCUGUUAUUACAAUUACCAAUUCAACUGACAUAUCUACGUCUAGUUCCAAUAUAGUACCAACUUCCGGUUCUUUAUUACAAUCCGUCACUGAACCAGCCCUAAAUCCCGAAUCAGAUUCAAUAAAUACACCAGUGCCUCUUGUAUAAACUCCAUAAUAUGUAUGUCCGUCCAGUGUUUUGAUAAUAUCUAGUAGGUAAAUAUAAAUUUGAACUAUAUCUCUUAAUAAAUUUGCUAAAAAUUUAUUAAGUACCUGUAAUUACACUAUAAAAAAAUAUAUAUGUAUAGUAUAGAUAACAUAACUAAAUGGUGUUGUGCAUAUUAUUUAUUUCCUAAGUAUUUUAUAUAAAAUGACAAUGUAAAAUCAUAAAUUUGAUUAAAUUUUCUUAAAUCUUAAGUUCGUGAUAAAAAU